AUGGCUAAGUUCAUCAAGUCUGGUAAAGUUGCUAUUGUCACCCGUGGCCGUUUCGCUGGUAAGAAGGUUGUUGUCGUCAGACCCCACGAUGACGGCACCAAGGCCCACUCUUUCCCACACGCCCUCGUUGUCGGUAUCGAGAGAGGCCCACAGAGAAUCACCAAGGCUCACGACGCCAAGAAGAUUGCCCAGAGAACCAGAGUCAAGCCUUUCGUGAAGGUCAUCAACUACAACCACUUGAUGCCAACCAGAUACUCGUUGGACGUUGAGUCUUUCAAGAACGCUGUUACCUCUGAUGCAUUGAACGAGCCAUCUCAGAGAGAAGAGGCCAAGAAGGUUGUGAGAAAGGCUUUGGAGGAGAAGCACCAGGCCGGUAAGAACAAGUGGUUCUUCCAGAAGCUCAACUUCUAA